AACCGCGGCAGUCUCAUGUGGUUAUAGCUGUAGUUGAAAAAAAUGUUGAUGGAACAUAUACUCUUAAACCUUUGAAACAGAAGUUGUUUGUUGAUGGUCUUUGUUAUCUUCUGCAAGAAAUAUAUGGCAUUGAAAAUAAGAAUGUUUAUCAAUCAAAGGAUGCAACUGAUGAAGAUGUUGAGGACAGUGGCUCGGAAUGUGUGAUAUGCAUGAGUGAUGCGAGAGAUACUCUGAUUUUGCCUUGCCGUCAUCUUUGCUUAUGUGUCAGUUGUGCAGAUUCAUUGCGUUAUCAAGCGAAUAAUUGUCCCAUUUGUCGUGCUCCUUUUCGUGCAUUAUUACAAAUAAGAGCUGUAAGGAAAUCUAAUGCUGCCAUACCACAAGUUGGCCACAAUGCUGAAAACCAACCUUCUCAAGACAUACCUCCUGGAUAUGAACCUGUGUCACUCAUUGAAGCUCUGAACGGACCUGUUCAGCCAUCUGCACCUCUUGUCCCAUCAUUUGUUCCUCAGCCUAUUCCUCCUUUUGCAAACAGCCCAGAUCUCCGUCAGAAGCAUCGUCAUUUAGAGAGACAUCAUUCAAGUACUGCUUCUCUAAGACUUGGUGAGAAUGCUAGUUCUGAUAAAGAUGAUUUAUCUUCUGAUAAGCUUCAAGGAAGUUUAGAAGGUACUUCAGUUCCUGAAGUUGUCGUAGCAUCAAUGAUUUCUCCAGAUAAAACUGUUCUAAAAACGGAAUCUCUUUCUUUGACAAGAAGUGAAGGCAGAAGACAUAGAAAAGGGUUUCGAACAUCAUCUGCUCCAGAAAAAAUGCGAUUGCUAGCUAACUCCAUGCAGAUUGUGAAUGAAGUUGGUGGUGCAAAACGUAAAAUGGAAAAGGAUGCUGAAUUAGCAGAAACAAGGUCCCUUUUGGAAAGUAAUAUUGCUAUGGAAGAAAGUUCAGCCACUACUUCAUCAUCACCAAAAACAAGCAGGCCUUGCAGUAGAAGCAGUCCCAUUUCACUCUCUACACCCCAUUCUUUGCAUCUUUGUGAAAAAUCUAGUAAAGAUACAUCACCAGGAGGAGAAGAUUCUGAUUACUAUACACCAGAAGAUCCAAGUACAACAAUUCUUGUUGAUCAGGGUACGGAUACUAGCUUGGAUACACCUCAAGGUAUGGAACCAAGCAGUGUUAAUGAUUCACUUGGUAAAGUUCGAGGUGAAUAUCCUGUUAUUGGGAAGCAUAAAUCUAACAGAGAACGACAUGCUGUUGUUGAUGAAUCAGUCAUAUCAGAAAGUGACUCCAACUGUACACACGAUAAAAGCAAACGAAAUUCAGAUCCUAUGUAUAAAUCAGAAAGUUCCUCUGAUGCUUUAAAAUCUAACUGUCAUUCACUUGUAGUAAACUUAGAAAAUCCCAGUUCUUUGCCUGGAACCCCAGCCAGUAAUCAUAGCAGUGGAGAUAGUUUCAGCAGUACAUCUAGCACUCGUUUAUUGCUGCGACCCCAAAGUUAUGAAACUUUACCUGAGUAAAUUUAUUCUAUUACAAAAAUAACAUUUAAUGUGGAAAUAUGGAUCUCCUGUUUAUAAUGUUUGAAACAAUCCAUAUCAGUCUUUAAAUCGUGUGUCAUGAAUUGUGUUUAUAUAUGAAAAUACUUACUUAAUCAUAGAAAUGAACUCGCAAAAUUAAAUUUACUUGAAAAAUAAAACAAAGGAUUUGUCCUUUUGUGGUUUUAUAUAUUUUGCAUUCUGUAUAUGAUACGUAACAUUUUAUAGUUUUGAACUGGCUGUAAACUAUAUACUGUCAACUCCCAAUUAACCGGGGGGUAGGAUUGAUUAGCUAGAGUUAGUCCAAAAAAAGUGAAGUUUGUUUAUCGCAGAAUAAUGGGAAAGUUACAGUCACAAACAAUCGGAAUAAAGCAAAAUUUCUGGGGAAAUUACAAAAAAAGAGAAGAAAAUGUUUAGGAUAACAGCAAUGAUAGCAUGUCUGUUGCAGUCUUUAGGAAUUGUUUUUAUUCACAAAACUACAUGAUUUAAUCAUAGAGAUAAUCUGGAAUAUGUAAACCUUGUUAAAUCAAUUGUUUAAAAUCAGUUUCUAAAUCAUAAAUAUAUAUUAUGUGUACUGCCGUAAAUUUUGCUUCCCAUUGAAUACUAAUACUACUGAAAUAUCAGAAUCAUGUAAACAAGAACUUUGUUCUUUAUGUUUUAAAGUGUUGUUCUCUUAAGUGCUGAUUUAAUUUACAGUCAAAUGGACUUAUUCCGCAGAUUAAAUGGCUUGAAAAUGCAGAUGCAGGUAAAUUGUUAAAAGUGUUUUUUUUUUUAUUAUUAUGUCUAUUAAUUAUAUAUAAUAUGGGUUAUUCCUUUGUGUUACAUCUUAAACUGCUGUCAGACUAACUGUGAUUUUGGAUUAACCAUGAACGUCAUUCCUGGUAUUACCUCGGAUAAUCGGGAGUCUAUUGUACUAUGCAAAAAUUCUAAACUUAAUGAGAUACUGUAAUAUUAAACUAUGCACUACUAAUGUACUAUAUUUUAAUUGUAAAUUCAAUACAUUUUUAUACUUUUUAUUUUAUAUUGUUGUAUUUGAAAUCUGUAAUAUAUUUACUGAAGUGAUUUUUAGUGCUGUUAAAAAUUUUGCUGCUCUUAAAAGUGUAUGUUUUUAGAAAAAAGGUCAAAAAAAGAAAACUGAUCACAUUUUGUAUGUGUGAAAAAAAAUACUCAUUAGCUUAUUCAGUUUCAGCUUAAAAUUGACUCAGAUCAGAGAAAAGUUACUUGGAACUGAACUCUUAACCUUUAAUAUGCAAAUUAAAAGAUUUUGUAGAACCUUUAAUAUGCAAAAUAAAAGAUUUUGUAGGUGCA